CCUCUUGGCCUCUACUCGGCAAGUGAUCGCAAGUGAUUGCUUACCUUGAUAUUGAAGUUGUUUAUAGGUGUUGUUUGGCAUGCGAAGAUGAAACGAAGGCCUGUAAAUCCUGCUUUCAAGGGAAGAGGACUGGAUAUUCAAGAUAAAAGCGAUGUUUCUGACGCACUUUUGGGACAGGCGAGAAGAAGCGGGCAACUGAACUUGUCAAACCGUCAGUUAGUCGAAGUGCCGAAGAAAGUAUGGAAUAUCAACAUAGAUCUGCCUACAGAGGCUAAAAAUGUCUCUUUAGACUCAACACACGAGAAAUGGUGGGACCAAAUUGACUUAACUAAGUUGAUUUUAGCUUCAAACAAACUAACUGCAUUGUCAAGCGAAAUUGCCAAUCUUCCGGCUUUGGAAUUUCUAGACAUACAUGACAACGUGAUUGAGUCUUUACCUAAAGAAAUUGGAUCAUUGGAAAAUAUCAAACGAUUAAAUCUGAGUCACAACAAGCUUACAUGCUUACGACCAGAAAUUGGACAUUUGUCAAACCUGUGUUCUUUGAAGAUUCAACACAAUUCUUUGCAAUCAAUUGGUGACUGGCUUGGUGAACUCAUUCAUCUUGAGGACUUGGAUUUAUCAAACAACAAGGUUAUAGCUGUUCCAUCCAAUAUUUCAAGACUUGGCAGUCUACGGAACCUGAAUCUUUCAAAUAAUUGUGUGGAAACAUUGCCUGUUGGAAUUGGAAGUGUCAAAUUGUUGGAAGAUCUUAACUUAAGCAACAACAAACUGACAAGUCUUCCACAAGAGCUUGGAAACUCAAAUUCAUUAAAAAGGCUUGACUGCAGACAAAAUAUGAUUGAAAGUUUCCCUUGCCUUUCAAAAUGUACUUCACUCAAGGAACUGUAUCUUGGCAACAAUAGAAUAAGUAAGAUUGAUAGCAGUGAUUUAAAUGGCCUUCCUUGUCUAUCUAUACUAGACUUGAGAGACAAUAAGAUUGACAUAAUCCCAGAUGAAAUCACAGUUUUAUCAGAAUUAGAAAGAAUUGAUUUAUCAAACAAUGAAAUCUCAAGUCUUCCUUUCACAAUGGGUACAAUGCAGCACUUAAAAGCAGUCAUCCUCGAUGGGAACCCUUUGCGAAAAUUAAGAAGAGACAUUGUAAUGAGAGGAACACAAGCAAUUCUGAAAUACUUGAAGAGUAGGAUAGUAGAGGAAGAAAAGCCUCCUUGUGGUGUAGCAGACAGUGUUGACAGUAAAGUACCAGACAGACCAGAUGUAUCCAUGUCUGGAUCUUCCAGCACCAUUGACCAACAUUCCUUGACCCAAACAAAGGCACUUAGCUACAGCAACAAAAGACUAAGUGAAAUACCGCAUGAAGUAAUGGAAGCAGCUGUAACAGCAAGAGUAACAAAGGUUGACUUGAGUAAAAACCUAUUGAACAGCUUGCCACAUCGUCUUGCAGAACUGAGCGAAUGCCUUUCAGAUCUCAAUCUUGGUUUUAACAAAUUCCAGUCGCUUCAAGACAGUUUUGGCUGCUUUUCAAAGUUACAGUUUCUUGAUUUAAGGAACAACCAGAUUAGUGAUCUCCCUUCCAGUCUAUCAGGCCUGGUUUCUCUGUUAGAAGUCACAUUAUCCUUUAACAGAUUGUCGAGCCUUCCCUCGGUGUUAUAUUCCAUACCAUCCAUAAGAACAAUCCUAGCAAGUGACAAUAAGAUUGAGAGCAUUGACGUGGCUGGGUUUUUGCGUCUUCCUGUGCUGGAAACCCUCGACCUUCAAAAUAACAGCAUCUCUGUGGUUCCCCCUGAACUCGGCAAUGUCACGACAUUACGUGCGUUACAACUCGGCGGGAACUCGUUCAGAAAUCCUCGUGCGGCCAUUCUUGCAAAAGGAACGCCAUCUUUAUUAGAAUACCUCAGAAGUCGUAUACCAACAUGAUGAAAAAUUGACUACAUUGAUUGAUGGGAAAAUACCAACAUUACCAAGUUUCGUGCUACAGUACUGUCGGCUUGAAAUGAAAGUUCUUGAAACUCCUGAAAUAUUUCUUGAAUAUGAUGACAUUGAUAUCUUUCUUUUUAACUUUUGGAUUGAAAUCAGAAUGUUUCCCGUAAAUUUCCUAAAUCUUCAAAAAUCGUCCUUAAAAAUUCAUUUUUUACCUUGAAAUAGUGGUGUAAUGGGCUUGGAAAUAACCCCUGGCUUGACCAGUAUGUUCCAUGACGUUCUAAUUUGUGUGACGUGUGAAGGGAUAUUACGGUUUUUGAAUUAUAAUUUUGAAGUAUUUGAUUAGUUUUAAGAAAAAAAAGUUCAGUAUUGAUAAUAUCAGUUGUAUUCAGUUUCAUUCGUGUUCGAAUGUGCUGUUGUUUUUCGAGUUCGUUCGUGCUAGAUAUCAGGGUUACGUCCGUGCCUGGCAAGUCAACCUCUGGACAGGUUUGAUCUCCAUGCAGGGUUCGUACGCACAGGUCCUGGAAAAUCUGGCAAAGUCACGGAAUUUCAUAUUCUAGUUUUCCAGGCCUGGAAAGUCAUGGAAUUUUAUCUAGGAUCAUGGAAAUUCAUUGAAAAUUUUCUUGUUUGCCAUGUUAUAAUUACGAGUACUAUUUCUUGAAUAGAUUUAAAACAAAUGCAAUAAAUUUAAUAAAAUAGCUAGUAGUGCUGGAUGCACUACCAAAUUGUAA